CUCUGACCCGGAUCGAGAAACGACAAUAAAGAAUUUAAGGAUUUUUUAAUAUUUAACCAGAGUUUCGAGUUAAUCAAUAACUUCUGGGACUCCCACAGUAACAAAUUCAAGUUUACAUGAUGUCAGGUCAGCUGUCAUUAGAUUUACAGGUUCCUUUCAAUACACAGAGGGAAGCUAAUAUAGCAUGGGGUACCCUUAGUGUAGACCCAGAACCUAAACGCGGAGGUUGCAAGAAAACACUCACAGUAAAGGAUACAGUUUUACACGUGCAUUUGGAAGCUCAGGAAGCCAGAUCACUCCGUGUAGGAAUGAAUUCUUUCCUUGAUCAUCUAAACCUUGUAGUGAACACAAUAGAGCAGUUCGGACCUCCUCGGCCUGUAGAUACCUCAUAGCAAAAUAUAUAGGGAAAAAAACAACAAAUUUCAUAUGGUGUAGUUAAGUGAAGGAUGUAGAAGAGCUGUUUGUCAGAUAUCGGGUAUAAAGAUGUGAACGGAAUUUCUUAACAUGAUUCUCCAUACUAAGAAAUUAUUUAAUUUCGUGGCCAUAAAAUUUCGUGGUUUUGGCUGAAACAGCUGUUUCUUGUGGAUAUGAAUUUGUGAAUAUCAACUCUUGAGGUUAAAGUGUUUGGAUUGAUGCAACCCCGAAAUACAGGAAAAUUUGUCUCCCACAAAUAUUGACAAUUUCACAGUUUUAUGGUAUAAGAAACUGCGAGAUGAACCUUGAGAAUUAUUGAUAAGGCGUAAAAAAAAAAAAUUGUUUGUUUCCGGUAUCCCGACCUACCCUAAAUUUUUGGCCCGACCCUAAAUGUUUUUAUGGCCUUGGAGAAUAUUUUUUUCAACUUUUUAACAAAAAGAUGCAAAACUGCAUUUUUCAUGCUUUAAACAUGGCCAGUGAUGUUAGAAAUCAACUCACUGAUGCUCUAAAGGCAUAACCCUCUUAUUUGUAAUCAUUUUUUGACAAAAAAAUAAUUUCCGAAAAGUCUCCCUUAAUUAAAAAAAUUUCCCACCUACCUAAAUGUACCCUAAUUUUUUUUGAGCCUGUUACCGGAAACAAAGAAUUUUUUUUUUUUAGGCCUAAGGAAAACAAAAAUUUUUCUCAAAGUGUUUGGAACAGUAUCCUUUUACCUUUUACUAUGUAUAAUAUCAAUUCUAGCAAUGAAGAGUGAAUGAUAGGGAUUUUAUGGCAUGUAAGCACAAUGCAGUCUUUUUUUGCACAAAGUUUGAACUUGUUUCAUCACAGCUGUGUUAGCAGGAGUGGAAUAAAGAAAUACCAUCUCCUUUUUUUAACUGUCUGUCCAACACAGUUUUGUUUAGAAAUACAUUGUAACAUUUAUACUGUGUUUAGCUAUACCUUUAUUAUGUGUUUACUGUGUUAAACCACAUGCAUAGAACUGUUUAUGCACAUAAACAUGUUAAUUUCAUGUUUAUGACUUUACGAUAUACCAUAUGACUUGUAGAAUUGUUCAUAUUUUCAAAUAAGAAAUUUGAGUCUA